UGAAAAAAAAAAAAAAAAAAAAAAAAGCAAGUAGAGGCGGCGAGUCGGGGGAUGGAGAAGAAGCGCGACCAGGAGACAGGAGAAAUGGCAGCAGCGGCCACCCAGCAUCGCAGCCAACCACAACCACCACCACCAGCACCUCAUAACAGACCCCUCCCUCCUCCGAGCCGAGCCCUUCCUUCCAGUCAUCGUUCCGUUCCCGAACUAAUCGAUCGCGAAAAGACUUGCCCAUUAUUGCUUCGAGUUUUCACAAAGAUUGGAAGUCACCACAAGGUUGAAGACUUUGCAGUGAGAGGCAAAGAACCCAAAGAUGAGGUUCAAAUUUAUACAUGGAAAGAUGCAACGCUUCGUGAAUUAACUGAUCUUGUCAAAGAGGUCGCUCCAGAGGCAAGAAGACGAAAUGCAAGACUAUCAUUUGCUUUUGUAUAUCCUGAUAAACAUGGUCGUUUUGUGUUGAGAGUGGUGGGAUUGACUCAUUCAAGUGCAAGACGACCAGAUGAUGCCAUGGCAUUGGGUGAACUCAGCUUCCAGAUUGGAGAUUACUUGGAUGUGGCUAUUCUUUAGGAGGGGAAGCUUGGUGGUGACUGGAGUGUCAAUUUUGGUGCAUGGACAGUGGUCUGUGCUUCGUUAAUUUUGGAGAGGCCUGCCAGCAUUUUUUAAAAAAAUUUUUUAUUUAGUUUGCUUUAUCUUCCUUUUGUUGGAACUCCUUAGAAUACUGGAAUGACAUGUAGGAAUGUCAUUGUUAUGGAUAUUGCUAAAUUUAUGCUUAUAAUGUUUUGCCAUUCUUCA